CGCUGAAUCUCUUUGCUCCUAAAUACCCAUCUCUAGCACUUUGUACUUACGAUUUACUUUGUCGGUUAGAAUUCCAGACUGCGUCAUGGUUCAUGUUCAGAAGCCCCUCGAUAUCCUUAUCUUCGGUACUGGAGCCGUUGGUUCUACGAUUGGAUGGAGAUUGGCACAGUACCCAGGCGCGAGACUCUCAGUUGUCUGUCGGUCCAACUAUGAUGCCGUCAAACAGCACGGUAUCCAGUUGAAAACCAAAAUGUGGGGCAAUGGAGUCUUCAAACCUUACCGUGUUGCUCGUUCCACACACGAGAUUUCAGACAUGUCCUUUGACUAUGUCGUCUGUGCCAACAAAGUAACUGGCUCAGAAGGUAUGGCCUUCGCCAGGGACCUAGCGCAUGUCGUUUCCAGCAGGACAACACUUGUGUCAGCACAGAAUGGUGUCGGUGUCGAGGCACCUUUACGCCAAGCGUUCCGCGAUAACACAAUUCUUUCCGCUGUGUGCUACAUCAGUUGCCUGCAGCCUUUCCCUGGUGUUGUCGAGCAAGUGUCGAAUCUUCGCGAACAUGCCUUCCACAUCGGCAGCUACCACACGUCGGGAAACUUCAGACCCGCGGUUGAGGAGCAGAGACUAAGGACCUUUGCAUGCUUGGAUGACAAGUUCAAAGAGAUCGAAGACGUGGGAGCUGAGCGCUGGACCAAGCAAAUCUUCAAUGGAGCAUGGAAUCCUAUGACAGCAAUCUCCGGCCUUGAUACACACGCACUUCUGGCAACACCAUAUGUAGAGACUGUUCUCGAAAUUGCAAAGGAAACUUUCAACGUAGCGGUCAAAAUGGGUACAUCGCUUCCCAGUGAUUUACCGGCCAGGACAAUUGAGACGGCAAGGACCAGCCCGUCUCUAGCGCCGUCGAUGUUGCAAGAUUUCCGGAACAAGAGAAGCAUGGAAGUCGAGUCGCUAUGUGGGAAUGUGGUCAGGAACGCGGACCGACUGCAAGUUGCAGUACCAACCCUUAGAAUGGUGUACCACACAUUGCUGGAGAUGAACAGGCAGAUCCAGGGAAUCACGCAGCCACUGCACAUCCCGAGAGAGAGGCUUGCUCAUCCCGAGGUUGGAGUUUUCCAGGCGUUGACCACCUAAACAAACUCCAGCUGCUGCUGUCCUUAGCUAUGUACCGAGGGAGCUUGAUGCGUACCCCCAAAAAAGUUAUGUCAUGUAGAAGACGACAGAUCUUUAAUAUCUAAUAAGAGCUCG